ACAGGAAGUGCUUGUUGGAGGUUUAUUUUGGCUAGCUUUUCACUCGUGAUGGAGGAAAGAGAGAUGGGUAGAUACAUUUGCUCAUUCGUGACAAAAUUACCUUGAUCAUAAUCGGACAGGGGCAAUUUAAGGUGAACGCUUCUCAAAAAUUGAGGUACAUGUCUGAAGAGAGCAAUGUCUCGCCCUGAGAUUACAGGUCCAAGUGCUUGGGCUUUUUCUCUGGGCCAGAGGAGUCUGCUAGGCGUUGGCGCUGUUCUGGCAUGGAUGGUUCUUUUUCAUUUGCUGGUGAAUGUGUGGCUGCUGUGCGUGUUCACUAGCCUGCUGGUGGUGCUGGGAGGCUGGCUGGGUUCUCAAGCCGUUCUGGACUCCAAUAGUGUCAUUCACCUCGAGCGCUUUGUCACGCUGGAGCGGGUGCGCAACUCCCCUGAAAGCGAGCUGCAACUGGAACAGGAGCUCCGGCGCACUGUGCGCAAGAUUACCCGCGACUUUGUCUCCUCUUGGUACCGCACCGUGUCUACAGAGCCUGAGUUCGUGGUAGAAGCACACGAUGCCAUGCUAGCCAUGGCGAUGGAGCUGAAUAGGAGGGCUAGGAAUGUGGAAAGGAAGGCCCUGACACAGAGGGUACUGGACCUGUUUGGUGGCCACCUGCAGAUUUUCUUGCAGGUGCAAGAGAUGGUGGGGCAGCCAGGUGCAGAAGACUGCCGCCCUUCAGAGUCUGGUGUGUGGAAUGUGUACCGCACAGUAACCGCGCCUCACCCAGCUCUCCAGAGCCCUGCUGCGGACGUGAAGUACGCCCGGGCUGUCGUUGACCUUCUCUUACAUGUGCUGGUUCCGCCCCCUCACCUGGAGACACGAACAGGCCGGUUUGUAGUGGGAGAGCUCAUCACCUGUAACGUGCUCCUGCCCCUCCUCAGCAAGAUCUCUGAUCCCGACUGGCUCAACCUGCUGAUUGUCAACAUCUUCUCCAAGUCUGGCAGGCCGGACACGGAAAUGGCGGAGGCGCCCACAGGAUGGGACAAGCCCCUGCCUGUCUCUGACCCCGUCACUCCGAUGCCCCCAGCCACUGCACCGAAUGGGAGGGUUGGAUCUGUUCCCACGCCCUCGCCCACACCCGAGCUCUCUGUGUACGAUGUAGUCGAUGCUGCAGAGCAGUUUGGUCAGCAGAACAUGGAGGAAGAGGAGGUGGAGGAGGAGGAGGAGGUGGAGCCCAGGCAGGAGGUUGGGUCCAGCCAGUUCCCUUUGGGAAAGUGUGCUGAAAUUCCUGCCGACUUUCUGAGGCCCACCAAAUUCAACCCUUUUUACCAAGAGACAGACUCUGACUUGGAGUCUCCUUCCUCAGAUUUUAAGAGGAGCUCUAUGGAGUCACUGGUUCUGAUUGGGCAAGAAGAGGUGCUGUCAGACCGGCUGAGGGAUUGUGCCACGCCCACAGACAUCAGCAGCGUGGGGGACCUGGAGGAUGAGCAGGGUUACGUGGCUUUAGGAGAGGCCCCCUGUCCUCAGGUGCUGGUAUCGGAGGGAUUGACAGGCCCUGAUUUGGGCAAGGAGGUGGAGGGAGAGCGGGGCGAGUGGACAGGCAGGGGUAACCCUAAUGAGCUCUCUGUGACCGCUCCCCUGCUGACGUCCUCCCCCAGUGCAGGGGGCGUGCCUCUCUCCCCCUUCAGCUUUGAGCCACUCAGCAGCCCUGAGGGGCCAGUCAUCAUACAGAACCUUCGCAUCACUGGCACCAUCACUGCCAAAGAGCACCGUGGCACUGGCUCCCACCCCUACACCCUCUACACAAUUAAGUAUGAAACUGCGGUGGACAGUGAGAAUCCCGGCUCUCUCCAGCCAGUGGCCUAUCACAUGGUAAACCGUCGCUACAGCGAGUUCCUCAAUCUGCAGACCCGACUGGAGGAGAAACCAGACCUGCGCAAAAUUCUCAAAAAUGUGAAAGGGCCAAAGAAGAUCUUUCCUGACCUUCCAUUUGGAAACAUGGACAGUGACAAAGUUGAAGCUAGAAAAGCCUUGCUUGAAACAUUUCUCAAGCAACUUUGUGCCAUUCCUGAAACCGCUAACAGUGAAGAGAUGCAAGAGUUCCUGGCCCUCAACACGGACGCAAGAAUUGCUUUUGUGAAGAAGCCUUUCAUUGUAUCACGGAUAGACAAGAUCGUGGUGAACGCCAUCGUGGACACCCUAAAAACAGCCUUUCCUCGCUCGGAGCCGCAGAGCCCCACCGAGGAAGUGGACGGCGACGGCGAGGGACGUUCGCCAUCCGAGACCAAGAAGUCAAAGUCCAAACUGAGAUUCUCCAGUAAAAUCACUCCAGUUCUCAGCUUGUCUGACAUUCAGCCCAAAGUGCUUUACUGCUUUAAUGAGGCGAGCACAGUGUUCAGCGGCCUCUCUCUGUCUGGGCUUGAGGCCUUCAUUAAGGAGCAGGAGAGGCUGCUGUGCAAGACGCCAGUGCGGGAGGUUGGCGGGGAGGAGGGCCCCCUGGAGGUGAAAGGAGGUACAGCAGCUUGUGCUGGUUCUGAGAGUCUGCCAGCAACACAGAAGCAUGGAGCAGUAGCGGAGACGGCUCUGGCAGACAUGGCUCUGAAUAUCCUGUGUUUGAUGAUGAAGGAUCAUUGGAGCUGGGUCUGCACUGACAACAUCCAAAAGAGCAUCAGACUGCUGUUUGGAACUCUCAUCGACAGGUGGCUGGAUGUGGGAGUGGCUAACCUCACCUGCACGCAGUACUGGGUGACGUACCUGCGCGUGCUCCAGGAGGCCGUGUGGCCCGGGGGGGUCCUGCCCACCCAGCCCCGCCCCCAGCGCAGCCAGCAGCAGAAGGACGAAACCAGGCGGCAGUCCCUGCACUGCCUGAUGAAACUGAUCCCAGAUCUCAUCUCUGACUUGCUGGGUUCUGUCAAGUACAGAUCGAGCUGGCAGACAGUGCUGGGCUCCCUUCAGGACCCCAACGUAAACAGGCACCUGGUGUACUGUGUGUGUGACCUGCUGCUGGAGUUUCUGAUUCCUGAGUCCUCAGACGAGGACUUUCAGAAAUCCCUGCUGGACAGCCUCUCCAGGAACACGGACAAGCCGUCUGCCUGAAACUACGGCAGAACCCCUCUGUCCUGAAGCACACACAAACUCACACACAAGCACUUAAUACUUUGGCAGCUGAUCAAGAAAAAUAUGAGGAGUAUAGGUACCUGAAGAAGGCUCACAGUAUCUCUUCGUUCAACGUGUCCCUACCUUCAGAAUCUGUAUUCUGAAUGAACUGAAUUUUCCCAUUACAGCUUUUCCUAUCUGCUAGCUAGAGACUACAUUACCCAUUGCACACUGCAGCUCGACUGUGUGCUAUUUAUGAUAUUUAUGCUUACUGUGUACUAGUGAUAGGCAACUUGAUGGUGCUUACUGUGCGCUAGUGUUUAAUUCUGAGCUUGGAUGGACUGUGUUUGAGACCCUCCUCCCCAGAUCCAUCUCCUCCCUGUUUUCACUCUGAAUCUAAACCUUUGGCAAACCCCUUUCAUAUGAACCUAACACUGUUGCAAUGUUUCCUGGCCUUGCCCUUAAAGAAACAUGGAUUUAUUGGAUGGGGGUUUGGAUGAGGUGUCAGAGGGAUCUAAUUCUUACUUCUUCCCGAUGUUUGCAGUGGCAUGCUCUUGUGUCUCGUGGCUGUUUUGCCUUUUUUCCUUGUUAGAUACCAAACCACCCUUUCUUGGUGAAGCCCGCCGGCAUGUUCUGGUCUAAGCAUGUAACGUGUGUGCCUCGCGUGCCUCGUUUGCUGGUCCAAGUGUGGAAUGUUUGCAUGUGUGUUUGCCUUGUUAUCUAACGGUUGUAUUCCAGGCCCCAUCCAAGGGCCUCUGGUUUUGGUUGGUUUUUUUCUCUUUGUAGUACAAACUGCUGUAAUUAUUCCAUGGAUGCGUUUGGACCUAUCCAACCAUUCCAAUGGGGGGGUAGAGGGAUGGGGAGGGGGGGCGCUGCUGUCUAAAGCGCAUUAUCAGCACCUGGCAUUCUGUUUCUUAGGCCUCACACUUGAGCAGAAACUGCAAGGGUUGCACAAUUCUGUCUGCCUCUGCGUGAAAAACAGACCACCAUGUUUGUGGAGCCCGUCAUGCUAGCAGAAGUCUUCAGUCAAGCAGCUAUGAAACUUUGUGCUUAGCAAUCAAUACUGAAUUUAUGCAAGAAUGACUUUUUCCAUUUGAUUUUUAUGAACUUCACCAAGAAUUUGUCAGUUAUCUAAAUGAAUAAUAUUGUGUAAGACUUGAAUAGGCACAAUAUGUUACAAUUCAUGCAUCAAAGCUAUGGGCAGUUCUGUAGCGUACCUUCUCCCAGGUGUGGGGGCAUGGCGUGUCCCUACACGCAUAUUUGCAUUGUUUUUGUUUAUACGGCUUCAUUUGCCAACCCUCAUUUCCUGGUUUCUAUACCUGUAGAAAAAGUAAGCCGCAUGUGAUGGUUGUUGUGAAAGCCAAGCUGCAGUGAAUUGUUUUUUUUCCAAGCCCAGAUUCUGUGGGAAGCCAGUGUGUUUCACCACCGGGGGGGGGGGGGGGG